AUGCGGGGCGCCGAGGCGAGUACCGGCGCCGCUCCUGCGGUCCCGCCGCCCAGCCCGCCAGGGGUAGCGAGUGCGCUCGGCGGCCGGCUGCGGGGACUGCGGGGCCUGCGCGGGCGGCGGCUGGCGACUGCGCCCCACCGCGGCGCACCCGCGACGGCCGAGAAGAAGCACGACGGGCGGGUGAAGAUCGGCCACUACAUCCUGGGGGACACGCUGGGCGUCGGCACCUUCGGGAAAGUGAAGGUGGGCAAGCACGAACUGACUGGACAUAAAGUCGCUGUGAAGAUACUCAACCGGCAGAAGAUUCGAAGCCUUGACGUGGUCGGAAAAAUCCGCCGAGAGAUUCAGAACCUGAAGCUUUUCAGGCACCCUCAUAUAAUCAAACUGUACCAGGUCAUCAGUACACCAUCUGAUAUUUUCAUGGUGAUGGAAUAUGUCUCAGGAGGAGAGCUAUUUGAUUAUAUCUGUAAAAAUGGAAGGUUGGACGAAAAGGAAAGUCGACGUCUGUUCCAGCAGAUCCUUUCUGGUGUGGAUUAUUGUCACAGGCAUAUGGUGGUCCACAGAGAUUUGAAACCUGAAAACGUCCUGCUUGAUGCACACAUGAAUGCAAAGAUAGCCGACUUUGGUCUUUCAAACAUGAUGUCAGAUGGUGAAUUUUUAAGAACAAGCUGUGGCUCCCCUAAUUAUGCUGCACCAGAAGUCAUUUCAGGAAGAUUGUACGCAGGCCCUGAGGUGGACAUCUGGAGCAGUGGGGUCAUUCUCUAUGCUUUGCUGUGUGGAACCCUCCCAUUUGAUGAUGACCAUGUGCCAACUCUUUUUAAGAAGAUAUGUGAUGGGAUCUUUUAUACCCCUCAGUAUUUAAAUCCCUCAGUAAUCAGCCUUUUGAAGCAUAUGCUGCAGGUAGAUCCCAUGAAGAGGGCCACAAUAAAAGAUAUCAGGGAACAUGAGUGGUUUAAACAGGACCUUCCGAAGUAUCUCUUUCCUGAGGACCCGUCUUAUAGUUCAACCAUGAUUGAUGACGAAGCCUUAAAGGAAGUGUGUGAGAAGUUCGAGUGCUCAGAGGAGGAGGUCCUCAGCUGCUUGUACAACAGAAACCACCAGGACCCACUGGCAGUUGCCUACCACCUCAUAAUAGACAACAGGAGAAUAAUGAACGAAGCCAAAGAUUUCUACUUGGCGACAAGCCCACCCGACUCUUUCCUCGAUGAUCACCAUUUAACUCGGCCUCACCCUGAAAGAGUACCAUUCUUGGUUGCCGAAACACCAAGGGCCCGGCACACCCUGGAUGAAUUAAACCCGCAGAAAUCCAAACACCAAGGUGUACGGAAGGCAAAGUGGCAUUUGGGAAUUCGAAGUCAAAGCCGACCCAAUGACAUCAUGGCAGAAGUGUGUAGAGCAAUCAAGCAGUUGGAUUAUGAAUGGAAGGUUGUAAACCCCUAUUAUUUGCGUGUACGAAGGAAGAAUCCUGUGACAAGCACAUUUUCCAAAAUGAGUCUACAGCUAUACCAAGUGGAUAGUAGAACUUACUUAUUGGAUUUUCGUAGUAUUGAUGAUGAAAUUACAGAAGCCAAAUCAGGGACUGCUACUCCGCAGAGAUCGGGAUCCAUCAGCAACUAUAGAUCUUGCCAAAGGAGUGACUCCGAUGCCGAGGCUCAAGGAAAGCCCUCAGAAGUCUCUCUUACCUCAUCUGUGACCUCCCUCGACUCCUCUCCCGUUGACGUAGCUUCAAGACCAGGAAGUCACACAAUAGAAUUUUUUGAGAUGUGUGCAAAUCUAAUUAAAAUUCUUGCACAGUAAACCUAAAACUUUGCUUAUUUCUUUGAUGCAAUAAGCAUGCAUACUAAAUAAUAGCCAAAUACUUCCAUUUUACCGAGUUAUAUAUGUGUUUAUAUAACUAAGGAUUGGCCUUUCGGAAUGCAGUUUGCACAGGGACUGGAAAAUGAAUCAGGAUCAUUCUGUUAUCCCUUAUUCGGUAGGUCCACACAGCAUAAUAGACACACAAUGGAUUGUAGGUUUCAGGCUCACUUGCUUUUUGGCCAUUUGAAUUUGCUGUAACAGGUCUCUGUUGACUAUAAAUUUACCAUAAAGCCUUUACAUAUUAGUACAUGCUGCUGUGUUUUAUAUUAGCUUCAUGAAUUUGUUGAGUUUGCCUAGAAUCCCCAUAGACCUUAUUAGGCGAUGCUGUUUUCUGGGCUCCUUAACUUCCAAAAUAGCUACUAGUUCCCAUUUUUGGUAACAUUGUGAACUAUUUCCCUAUUCCUCUUAAAAUGCUAUUUUUGUGUAGUAAGUCAUGUCAGAUAACAGUCUGAAUUUAAAGUCUUUCUUUGGCUUGUAAGCCCCCAAGCCCCCAGAAUUUAUGUGUUCAGACCUUGCAAGCCUUCAGUUUACUUUCACAGAUUUCCCCCUUAAGUUUUGUAUAUGAAGUGCUGCUUCGGAUCCAAGAGCUGACUUGCUCACACUGUACUGAAUCAUGUUGCUUCUGUCAGUGCACAGACAUGCUGCCAUGUCAGCCAGGAUUGAAUGUCAUUUGAUUGUGUAUUUUUAAAGUCAAUCCAGUGCAUAGAAAGGAUAUCGUAUAUAAGCUCUGAAUACUAAGAUUGGGUUUUUAGCCCCUGAUUUUAUUCUGAACAAUUUUUAAAGAAAGAAAAGUUGAAAGAAUAGAGUGACUGCAUGUGUAUCUACUGCUUAGCUCCCAUGGCCACUGUUUGGCCAUAUUUGCUCUCUGUAUCCACACAUGUAUAAAAUACAGAUAUGCACAUAUACCUGUGUGUAUGUUUGCUUUUAUUCUGAGCCAUUGAGAUGUUAAGAUACAUGUAUCAGUCCUAAAUACUUCAACAUCUCCUAAACAUAAUGAUAAUGUCCUUUAAAAACCUCCUGAAUCCAUUAUACAAUCAAUAAUUUCCAGAUAGUGCCUGGUCUUCCAGAUUUAGCUGUAACUGCCCAGAAUCCCAUUUAAAUUAUGGCCUGAUUUCAUUUGUAGUUCUUUAAUCAGGUUAAUAACACUGUUUUGAAAAGAAGUAGAAGAAAUCCUUUCUUCAAAAUGGUCAAGUUUAUUUCAGGUUUUAAUUAAAAAAAAUGAAUGGCUAAAGAAGUUCGAUCUUUCUUGAUCUCUGAUUUGUAUGCCUCUCUCCUCUUUUAUUGAUAGCAUAGCGUAAUAGGUGUAAGUGAAGAUUUAAAGUCACGCAAGGCAAAGCUGGUAUUGUAGGAGCUAAUAGUUUCCUAUUGGCCAUAUUUGGUUUCCUUUAAGUUUAGGAAAUUGGUCAGAGGCUCUAGCUCAGGUGAGGCUGAGUGAUCUCCAGCAAUGUGAAAAUGCAUUUUCUUUAAACAUUAAUCAUCUCCCCUUGGUAAGAGACUUUCCCCCCACUGCAUUCACUUAGAAAUAUUUUGUCCCAUUUCCAAAUCUGUCCAGCAUUUAUGUAACCAGAUGGGAAUGCAUUUGGAGGACACGAUAGCUUGCAUAAAAGAUUACGCUAUAGUUUAUGCACUGAUUUCCGGACAAAAAUAACGCUUCUUUUUGUUCGGGGCUUGUUUUAUUCAACUCUGAUUUGAAUGCUGUAUAAAGUAAUGGAGACUCCAUUUCCAUGAGUUCAAAACUGUAUUUAUACCUGUGUGUGUGCCCUCUGCGUGGGGCUCCCAGAUGUCACUUAUGCUGUCCGAAUGCAGCGCUGUGUUCCCAACGCGUAGAACAGAAGGCUGCGUUUGUAAAGUUACAGAUUUGUAAAUAGCACUAAGUAAUAUCUAUAAACUGUUGGGGGGGGAACGGGCCACAAAAGGAGGAGCCAAUUAAAUAGGACCUUCUAAAAUUUGUUAAUUUUGUAAACUUUGCUUCUUUUAUAAGUUAUUCUGUGAUUCCUUUUAGUUACCAAGUUUUAUUUUGAAGAUAUUUAAAUAUUGCACUUGUAUAAAUAGUAUGAUAAAUGCAGACUAUUGCAGUCAAUUUUUUUUUUUUUUAAAGCUAGGAUAUCUGAAACGAUAACUUUCAGUUAAGUAUGUCAAGCCCGGGACAGAAUUUUCACAAAUGUAUUGUAGUUUGCAAAUUCUUAUACUGAAAAUGUAAGCGGAGUCAAUGCAAAUGAUUUUUUAAUCUUUUUUUUAAAUUAUCUUUUCAGCAAUUUAUAUUUUUUUUUGUGAUUUUAUGCAACCAUAUUUUUACUUAGUCUUGACAACUGAAAGCUGUAUGAUGUUUUUGCCAGAAAAGUACUGUAUACAUAGUUUUAAAUAUAACAGAUUUUGCGGAUAUGUAAAAAUUUUGCCAUUAAAGUUGAUUUUUCAUGAAAGGAACUUUUCUACCAAGUUGGGAGACUCGAGAGCUUAAUAUAUCUAAUUUAAAAUAAUUUCAUUGAAAUAAACACCAUUGCUUUUACUUUGAUUCUAUUUUUUCUUAAAAUGCUUUUGUAGUGUUUUGGAGUUUUAGAUAAUUUUAUAUGAAUUCUCUCCCUACCUUUCCCCGUGCUUUGGAUCUUUGAUAUCAUUCAGAAAUGAACUAAUAUGGCUGGGUGAGUAAGAUACGUAUUCCAAGUGGCAUCUUGGGAAAACCAACCAUGUUGUCUAAAUUCUUCUUCUUAACUCCUCCCCCUCCACCUGUUCACUGCAGGCUCAGACAUGAUGAAUGAAAUUCUACACACGGCCUAACUGUAAGCCGGUUGUUGGGAGGAGUCAAUCAUUGUGGUUUAUGUAUGUUUGCCCAGAGUAACCUGAUUUAGAAAGCUGGCAUAAUAAAGAAAAAAAAUUCAUUUUUUCCCCGUUA